AAAGCGUGCAAAUAUGCUCAGCGCGAAAGUCCUGAUCUUCACCGUCGGUGUCCUCGCCGCUGUCGCGGAGGCGGCUGGUACCUGUCCGUCUAUCGAAAACAACGUCGACUACAGUGGCGCCGAUGUCGGCAGCGCUCGUAGCUCGUCAGCGAAUGGAUGUUGCUCCAUUUGCUCCAGCACGAAUGGCUGCGGUGCGUUCACUUGGACCAACUACAACGGCGGUACGUGCUGGUUGAAGCAGUCCAAGGGCACUGGAAAGGCCAGUAGCGGCUCCAUCUCGGCCGUUCUCCAGACGUCGUCCUCGUCUGGAAGCCUGCACUCCUUCUGGAAAACAACGUCGACUACAGCGGUGCUGACGUCGGCAGUGUCCCCAGCUCGUCGGCCAACGGAUGCUGCUCGAUCUGCUCCAAGACGAACGGCUGCGGUGCGUUCACCUGGACGAACUACAACGGCGGUACGUGUUGGCUGAAGCAGUCCAAGGGCACCGGAAAAGGCCAGCAGUGGCUCCAUCUCCGGUGUGGUGCAGUCGUCGUCCUCCUCAUCGGCCACUUGUCCGUCUCUGGAGAACAAC